GGCUGUCUGAAUGGGGUCUUGUCGGUGAACAGCGAGGCUGUCGGUACAAGCGCUUUCUGUCUUAAUUAGCUUUGUCGGUCGCGCAUUCCCUAACAUUUCACAGUCGAGCAGCCGCACAGCCGCCGCCCGCGAUGUGAAGUGCUGUACUGCUCCCUACAAGCAACAUUCCGUUCAACUUUCUUGCCGCUCAACUUUCUGGGAAAAGUGGAUCUGUCUGGACCUGUUGGAUUCUGCAUGGAAAAACAUGAAAAGCCUAAAAGCAAAGUUCAGGAAGAGUGAUGCUCACGAAUGGAGCAAGAAUGAUGAGCGUCUCCUCAGUGCUGUGGAGCAUGGAGAAACAGAAAAGGUUGCCUCCCUCCUGUCAAAGAAAGGAGCCAAUGCCACAAAACUGGACAGCGAGGGCAAGUCUGCUCUGCAUGUAGCAGCCACUCGGGGUCAGGCAGAGUGCCUAGCCGUCAUCCUGGCUCAUGGAGCUGACGUUUCUUUAGUGGACGCUUCAGGUUCUAGUGCUUUACACCUAGCUGCCAAAAACAACCAUCAGGAGUGUGCCAAAAAAUUGAUUCAGAGCAAAUGUGUGGUAGACGCUCUAGACGGUGUUGGGAGGACUGCUCUUCAUCAUGCAGCUGCCAGUGGAAGCGUUGUGAUUGUUCAGCUUCUCUGUGAGCACAAAUGUCCUGUGAAUCUCAAAGAUACGGAUGGGUUCACAUCCUUGCUGUUGUCUGCAAGACAUGCUCAUGCAGAGGUGUGUCGCAGCCUGCUGGAUUGGGGAGCUGACAUCAACGCCUGUGAUAAGAAUGGCAGGACGGCUGUGAUGCUGGCCAGUGAGAGCAGCUGUGCUCCUGCAGUGGAGGUGCUGGUGCAGAGAGGAGCGGACCUGCUCAUGGUUGACUCUCUGGGUCAUGACGUCCUGCAUUACACCAAGCUGUCCGGCAGCGGGGAGGUUCGGGCCCUAAUCACUGCUGCCCUCCACCGGCAGCAGUCUGAACCAGCAGAUAAGAGUUCAAGCAGAACGCCACAGCAUGAUCAUGUGGCUAAGUUAAAUGAAGAGAGAAGCACAACCCCUAAAAAACGAAAAGCACCCCCACCUCCUAUUAGUCCAGUCCAGUUGGCUGGCAUUGUGUCUCCACCUUAUUUGACCCCAACUGAAACUCCAGUGUCAAGUAAAAGUGAUUCAUCCAAGCGGUUCAAUUACAAGGAGGAGGAACUGAGAAGCGUGGCAAUGAAAGAAGAGAUAGAGAAGCUGCAGGAAGAGAAGAGUAUGCUGCUGGAAACCAUUGAAGAUCUGAAGCAGAUUGUGGAGCAGACUGAGCCCAAGGCGAGUACAGCACAGCCCUUUAAUAUUCCCUCAUGUGGCUGCCGCUUUGAUCCUCAGCCACUCGCUCUUUCUGGAACCCAUUUAACAACUGCAACUACUGACCAUGGCCAGACAGAGCACUGUGGGAAUGCAGAGUCAACACUGAUUGCAACCUUGCAAGCAAAAGUGGCCUCCCUCUCCUUAGAAAACCAGCAACUUGCUCAGAUAAUCAAGAAACGUCCAGCUCCUCAAGGUGAAGAAGGCAAUGAGGACUCGCGCCCAAACAGCUUUGACUCCAAUGUCUCUUACCACUCCACUCAGGCAGACUUUGAUUUCUCCGGGGACCUCCACAGCCAAACGGGCGACGAGCAGGAGCUGUCUGAGGUUUCUGCUUUAGAUAAGAACAGACUCCUAGAGGAGGCUGAACACCUGAAGGGGGGUAGCGAGCAAGAAAUUCUGCUACUUAGGGAUGCACUGCAGAGUCUGCAAGCAAAACUGCAGGAGUCAAGGCUGGAGAAUCGCUCCCUGCAGGCCAGGCUCCAACCCAACUCUUGCGCAGAGGAAAUUGGAAGUGAAGGCAUGUCAGAAAGUGUGGCUGAACUAAAGGCCAAUCUUACAGAUUCACAGCAGAAGUACCAGGAUGUGUUGGAAGAGGUACAAACUCUCAGGGCAGAGAGGAGAGCAGGAGCUGCAAGUCAAGGAGAGGAUCACGUGGUGCAGAAGUUUCAGUAUUUGAAGGGCUGUCUUGAACAGGAGGUCAAAGACCUGAAGGCAAAGUUGGCCAAGUCACAAGAAGAGAAGAUGCGGGACGCAUCUUUGAUAAAAGAUCUGGAGGCCCGUCUUCAGGGCAGUUCCAUUGCGGAGGAUGAGCGCCAGGAACUGAAGAACUCUUACGACGUUCUGGUGGAGAACGUUAACCAGGAGAAGUCAUUGCUGAUUGAGAAGUACAAGGAGGCACAGGAGGAGAUCAAGAUGCUUCAGGAGGCGCUCCGUGGCACUGUACCUGUUGAAGCUGCUGCCAAAGACUUUGAAGAAAUGAAGGUCGAGUUGGGCGAAGUUAUUGAAGGACUGCAGAGGCGGCUUUUGGAGCUCUCUAAAUCAUACAGUGAGGCCAAAAGUGAGUUGAGCGCAGCCCGCAGUCAGCUCCAGACUAAAGCCUCGGAGUCCAAGGAGAGACCAGACGUGGUCUGCUUCACUAAAGAGCAGCAUGAGCAAAAAAUGCAAGAGCAGGCUCUAAAGAUGAAGGAUGUACAGAACACAUUAAAGGAUACUGAAAUCAAGUACCAAGCUGCACUGAAAGAGAUUUCUCAACUCAAACAAGAUGCUGAAGCCCAGGCCCAAUCCUCUGUAUCCCUUGCAGACCACACUCAGGUUGUGGCUUCCUUAGGGAGUGCCAUCAAGAACUUGGAAGCUGAGAUAGAGACCCUCAAGCAGCAGCUGUCCCAGAAGACCUUGCAGGUGGACGCUUUGCAGAACAGGCUGACGGUGGAGAAAGACGUGACCCCAGACGAUUCUGUUUCCAGGCUAGAACAUGAGCAGUUACGAGAGUCCUUGGAGGGUGAGGUUAACCACUUGACCAACCUGCUUCAGGAUGCCCUGAGGAAGCAGGAUGAGAUGGCCUUGGAGGUGACCGCUGCCUGGCAGGAAGUAAAGGAUGAAAGAAAUGAGAAACAGGCAGCGCAGAAGCUGACUUUAUCAAGAGAGCAGGAGAACAAUGCACUAAACUCAAAGCACAAGGAGGCUCAGGAUAUCAUUGUGCAGCUGAAGAAACAGGUGGAGAACCACAUGAGCUCUGAAAAAGAGAAAAACAAAAAGAUUGAUGAUCUGUCAAAGGAGGUUGGCAAGUUGAAGGAUGCCCUGAACAGCCUGUCCCAGCUCUCUUAUACAACAAGCACCCCAAAAAGGCAACAGAACCAGCAGGUUGAUUCCCUCCAACAGCAGAUCAAGCAGUUGCAAUAUCAACUAGCUGAAUCUAAGAAACAGCACCAUGAGAUCGUCUCAGUGUACAGGAUGCACCUCCUCUAUGCUGUCCAGGGUCAGAUGGAUGAAGAUGUGCAGAAGGCCUUGAAGCAAAUUCUGAUGAUGUGUAAAUUGCCUGCUGAGGCCAAGUGAUGGCGCUAUUAGUCAACCAUGUACUGCCAAAAUAAAGGUCAUAUAAGGAAACUCGUA